ACACCACUCGGUCUGGCCUGUCGACGCGGGCAUGUAGAUGUGGUAGAACUGCUUCUCAAUCAUCACGCCAGCACAGAAGUCUUUAAUCGCACUGGGAGGAGCCCUCUAUUUUUAGCAGCUCUCCGCGGUCAUAUAAGCGCAGUCAAACUCAUUCUCGAGAAGGACCAGUCAUCUCUUGACAAAGCUGAAUCUACCAACACCUGGACGCCCCUUCACGGGGCAGUCUACAACGGUCACGGAGAGAUUGUCAGUAUGCUGCUUAAAGCAGGAUCGAGGCUUGAUACGCGUGCCAGGGAUGGAAGCACACCAUUAAUGACAGCAAUCCAAAACGAGCGUGAAGGCAUUGUGAAAAUGCUACUUGUCCGCCGGUCAGAGGAUGAAGACCUACAGUUGGAGACGCGAUCUGACAACGAGGCCACGCCACUUGGUACUGCGUGUAUACGGGGUUUCACGACUAUUUCCCGUCUCCUGAUUGACGCCGGCGCAGAC